CAUCGAAGGAUACGCCAUUUUGGAACAUCACAAAUCUUCCAGGAUAACUUCAGGUAUAAAAUCGCAGCCAUGGCGGGCGGCCUUCCGCGAAGAAUAAUAAAAGAAACGCAACGAUUAAUGUCAGAGCCAGUACCGGGAAUAACAGCUCUUCCGUCUGAAGAUAACGCUAGAUACUUUAAUGUUGUCAUAGAAGGUCCCGCCGAGACCCCGUUUGAAGGAGGGAAAUUUAGGCUAGAGCUCUUUCUGCCUGAAGAAUACCCAAUGGCUGCACCCAAAGUUCGAUUUAUGACGAAAAUUUAUCAUCCCAAUGUGGAUAAACUCGGACGAAUCUGCUUGGAUAUUCUUAAAGACAAAUGGAGCCCAGCUCUUCAGAUUCGCACAGUCUUGUUGUCCAUCCAAGCUCUUCUUAGUGCCCCAAACCCUGAUGAUCCUUUGGCUAAUGAUGUUGCAGAGAAGUGGAAAUUAAAUGAAAGUGAAGCUCUCGUCACUGCCAGGGAGUGGACAAGAACCUAUGCUAUACAAAAUUAGAAGCUAGAAUGUACAUGUCUGUUGGAUGUUCAUGUUAUCUGUGGGUUGUUACUGAACCCUGUGCGAAGCUUAUAUGGCAGUUUGCACCAGAAUGGUGCUUAUUCUUUCAAGAGUAGUUUCAACCUUUUCUUUUUUUGUAUAAAAAUUCAUCCUUAGUCAUAAGAUAAAGUCUGGUCGUGCAUUUUAAAUUGUAGAUCCAAAGCUGAAGAUACAAAAGUCCAGUUUCCAAUUGCUGCUUUUAACUUGGCAUUGUUCCCUUAGAAAUUGAUCUGUGAAAUGAUCCACUAGAGGACAUUUAUUGCAGCAAUUCAUUGCAGCAACAUGUUGCAGUUUCUGCAGUGUUGUUGCACAUCAUUUUUGUUGCAGUAAAAGUUGUCUUAUGUUAUCUACCAAACACAGCCUGAUGAAAAAAUCAUCCUUAAAAGGUCUCAUCUUUGUAAUAUGUAUUCGACAAGCAGAUUCAAUGUUGUCUUGCACCUGUGCUGAAAUAGAUCACAGAUGAUGUCAAAAUAUGAAAAAACAAAAACGUUGUUUGCGAGACACAGCUGAGUAUGUCACUGAUGUUCUUACCACAUUUUGACCUCUUCAGUGAUUCAUAACUGAAAAGAUCCACGGCAACAUAGGAUCUCUUUGUUUUAUGUAAUAAAGAAGGAAAAUGUU